AAACGGAAGGCACCCCUAGACAUUCAUGUAUCGUGGCUUAAGGUUAUGAAGGCCAUAAAAUUCUAACCUGAUACCCUAAAAUCGUAUAUAUCUGCUUUGACAAUUUUUAAAGUUCUUAUGAAAGUUCUGCAGUUGAAAGGAACAAACCAAACUAAAAGGUGCUGGGUACAGGUGAUCCCUAGAACGAAAAUCUAUAAGCAAAGAAAUAGAAAACAAAAUUUUACCGAGGAUGGAUGACGACGCACGUACUAUUUACUGCGGAAAUCUGAGCGAUAAAGUAACCGAGGCAAUCCUCUACGAAUUAUUUCUGCAAGGAGGUCCUGUACAAAAAGUAAGCAUUCCGAAGGAUCGCGAUGGCAAGCAGAGAACAUUUGGAUUCGUCACAUAUAAGCAUACGCACUCUGUGGAAUACGCAUUACGACUACUUGAUGGUACAAUGUUAUACAAUCGGCUCCUUAAUAUGAAACAGAGGAACUGCACUGAGUCGCAACAAGAGAAGUUACUGAAUCCUGUUUGCAAUGUGAAUCACAUGCUGGAACAGGGUCAGCAGAUGAUCUUGGGAAAUUAUCCACCGCGGAUCAAUGGUAACAUGUUUGGUGCGAACGUUCCGCCGAACGUUUUGCCACAACUGAUACAAUCCGAUGUAAAUUCUGGCAAUGACGAUAGGAAUUUUAGGAGAAGCCAUUCUUAUCAUAGAGACAGAGAGAGAAAUCGAGAGAAGGAGCGCGAUAGAGAUAGAGCCAGAAAUAGAAACAGAGAAAGAAGCAGGGAACGAAAUGAUCAUAAUGAAUAUUACAGAGACGAGAGAUCGUAUUACAGAGAUAACCGUUCCAAUAGCUAUUCUCGAUAUAACGACAAUAGAAAAAGAUGGACUUAUCAUUGAUUGGUGGACUUUUUUGAUCAACUAAUUAAAGUCUCCUUUGAUAUUUACAUUACAGAGAGAACAAGCCGAUAGAAUUUCCCUUCUUUUCUUUCUUUUUUUUUUGCUAUACUCCAUCUAUAUAAAAAUCUUUGAGUGUAUUGAUAUGAAUUUGUUAUCAAUAAUUAUAAUAUAUUCAGUAUAUAUAAUAAAUAAUAAGUACUAUGUACUAUAUGUACUAUGUACUUAUAAUUUUGUAAUAUAUAUGUAUACACACAUAUAUAUACAUGUAAAGUUAUAUGGACUCAUAGAGGAUGGGAGAAUCAUGCAAGCUAAUAUCUCAAUCAAUUAUCAAAAAUUGCUCUUAUCAAAAAAUAAUUUUAUGCAUCCUAAACUGCAUUAUUGGUCCUAAUUAAGAUAUUGCCAAUACUUUUUUUGAUAUUUAAAAAAACACAGUUGCUGAGAUAUCGACUUGUAAUAUUUUAUAUAUAUCAUCCAGUAUUGUGUAACGAUAUAAGUAGACCGUAUUUUAAGUAAUAUCUUUAAAGCACAUAAGUGUGUAAAUAUUUACAUCUGUUGAUAUCACAUUCGUUAAGUUGCAUGAUGGAAUUUUGUUUUCGUAUAUCACAUUAGGAACUGUAUGUUAUAUUAAUGACUAUCAUUUUUAAGUGCGUUGCAAACUUGCAAUCAAUAUCAAUAAUCUUGAUUAAUAUCACAAAUUUUAUUUUUUUUUAUUUAUAUCACAUUUCACAGACAUGAAAUACAUAGCAGGCAUUGUAUGAUUUA